AUGUUGACCAAACUUUUGGGAGAUGCUGAUCUUGCGAAAGUAUGGCGCCAAAAUUUUUUGUUUGGCUCCAUCGUGCAUAGAUAUAACAAAUUGAUGUUGUACACAUGUGCACAAGAAGCCAAUUUAUUUGUAGAAAAUUAUAUACAGCACUAUCAAACAACGGAAAGUUUGUAUUACCCGAUUAAAGCGUGUGUUGCCGUUUUAAACAAAGCGGCGUUUAUAUCAAGAGGUCGGGUUCUUAAAAAUGGAUUGAUUAUUGUCGAUAAACAAGAUGGAACAACGGUGAAAGACGAAGAAGACGAUGAUGACAAAGAAAAAAGUAAAGAAAAGUUUGAAAGAUGCGUUAUGGAAUGA